GCUUUAAUCAGAUGCUCUCUUCACUAAACCUGUUAAGUUAAUAUUUACAACUGAAGUGUUGAAAUAUUUUCGAGAAAUGACCGACAAUGGAAACAGAAAACGAGUCGCCUUUGUCCCCUCCGGUAAUUAUCACUCCAGAUAUGUCGAGGUAUCCGACGAAAUUCCGCGGAAAGAAGAUACAAUCAAGAACUUCAUUGGCAACUGAUAGAUUUUCUUGCAUUUCGUUUCUAACUACGAGCCAAAGAAGUGAUCAUACCGUAUGGAUACCAAGAUGGCGGAGUCUUCCUUGCGACCUCGAAAAAGAAAUCUUGUACGACGAUUGCCCAGAGUUUUUAAAAGCCUGGUCGAGAUAUCGAAUCACUAAUAUGACUCGCCGAUACAAAACAAUGGAUUAUAUUCACAUGGUUCUAGCUGAUGCCAGUGCGGAUCUUUAUUCCGAAUUGGACGGUUGCUGUGAUCUAUCAACUGCAGUCGGUAUAUCUGUAAGUAGGGAUUUAUUGAACUGUUCGGCGGAUUUUUCGGAAAAUGGAUCUGGAAUUGUCCCAAGAAGUGCGUCAGAUGAAAAUAUACAAUAUUGUGACCGCGAAGGGGACAGACAAUGGCAUCUGACUCAGAUGAAUUUGAAUUAUGCCCUCGCUUCAUCGCGAACAUGUUCGACCGAAGAUCUUAACAAGGACCAAAGAAAUAUUCAUAAAAUUGAGAAAUGGCUAAAAAGAUGUAACAGUGGUACGAAUUGACAGGUAAUAGUUUUAAAGAGUUUGUGGUAAGCCAAAGAACUGCGAUGAAAGCUUUGGGUCAGUUGGUAUAAGUGCCAACAGCUGUUUUUUUCUUUUAUGGAAAUUUUCUCUUCUCGCGUCCCAUAAAUUCUGCUUUUGUGGUGUGACAUGUUAUUGUUCUGUUAAAGUACAUUUAAGGAAUUCCCUGGUUAAUCAAAUGACCCGUUUUGAGGUAUACUUUGCGGGGAUUAUUUUUAUUUUCCGACCUAAGCAUGUGAUGUUUAUCUGAAACAAAAUUAAGUUAGUAUUGUGAUCUUUGCCUUUGUAACAUAUGUACCUAAAUCAAAGAAAACCGUUUCUCUUUCCCCGGAAUACUUUUAGGGUAUUUUUUCUCAGCACUUUCAUUAAAGGUCACAUCAUACCUUG